AACCGGUUCAGUGUUAGAGACUGUUUAUCAUCUAUAUUUCAGAGUUAGCUUCAGCCUGUCUGCGGUAUUCGACAGUGUUUCUGCAUUAGCUCCCAGGCUAACAGCAGCAGAGUGUGUGAACAAACACUAUGGGGGCCAUAAUUUCACGAUGGAGGGCGAAACCUUCCACAGUGGAACUCCUUGAGGGCCUGGAUAAGGACAUUAAGGAUCUUGAGGAAUUUCGUGCAAAGAAUCAGCGUCUACAGAAGUUAUGGGUGGGCCGCCUGCUCUUUUACUCCGCUACCCUCUAUCUGCUCACCUGUGUGUGCAUCUAUUACUUGUACCUGCCCGAACAGUGGACUGCCCGGAUCAUCACUGCACUGCCUCUAAUCGCCUUUCCAGCACUGGUGUGGUUGGUGCGCAGGCUUCUCAUCUUCCUCUUCUCAAAACGCACAGAAAGGAACAAUGAAAGAUUAGAAGAUUUAAAGGCAGAUAAAAGAAAAAUACUUGAAGAAGUGAUGGAAACAGAAACCUACAAAAAUGCAAAAUUAAUUUUGGAGAGGUUUGACCCUGAAUCGAAAAAGAAAGCAGAAGCAGAAGCUACUCCAGUGCGACCUCAUAUGACUCCCAAACCAGGGCAAGACCUAAGGCAACGUCAUGUUGUCAUGGCCACUCCAGGGCCCCGUCCCAUGGCCCCUGGAGCCACACCCCUUCGUGCAGCACCUGGAGGCCCUCCAGAGAAAGGCCUUGCUGCUUCGGCAGCAUCCAGCCCACAAAUGGCCAGCGGCAUGGAGACACCUCCACAAAUGAGGAGGCAUGCCAGUCCCUAUUCACCUUCACCUGGAGCAGGAAUGUACCCCCCAGGUCCACCACUGGCUCGCCCCAUCCUACCUCGAGAACGCAGUUCAGUGGAUCGGGUUAUCGAGUACCUUGUGGGAGAUGGCCCUCAGAACAGAUAUGCUUUAAUUUGUCAGCAGUGUUUCUCUCAUAACGGCAUGGCCCUGAAAGAGGAAUAUGAAUAUUUGUCUUUUCGUUGUGCGUAUUGCUACUUCAUGAACCCGGCGAGGAAGACUAGGCCACAAGCUCCCAGACUGCCAGAGUUCAAUUUUGAACGCCGCCUUCGCUCUGAGUCUCCCAACCCGCCGUCCUCAGCAGCCACGGACACACCAGAGGACAGUGACGCCCAUGAAGAGGGUUUAGUGUCAAGGCGUCUUGCCCCCACCUCGGGUACUACACCAUGGAGCAAAGUUCACAGUUUCAGAAUAAAUCUCGGAGAUGAGACAGAGCCCACUGUCUCUGCAGACCAGCAGGAACCAGGCUCAGACAAAGCCUCACCCACCCAUGAGACAGCAGAAGAUACGACAUGCCCCCAGCAUAGCCCUCCCUUAUCAGAGGAUUCCCAGCUGGAGAAAGAAGAAGAUGGAGCUCAGAUGGGAGAACAGGAAGAGGCGGAGUCAAACUGAGUUAUCUGUUUGUCUGGUGCUUGGAUAUGCUUUAGAAAAGUUUUAAAUCUUCUGCAAGUUGCUUACAAUGGUUAAUAAUUUAAUCUUUUGCAAAUUCCUGGCAGCUUUUAAUUUAUUGCCUGGUAUCUAUUCAGCUGAAUUCUGUUUGCACUCAUUUGUUUUUGCCAAGUUUUAUUUGCCAGUAUUGCCUGUUGUGUUGUAAAUGCAAAGAUCUGCGUCUAGGUCUGUGUUGAUAUUCUACAGCGAUCAUGCAUUGGCGUAUGACCACCUCCUUGUUUCUGCGCUCAUUAUCCAGAGUGGAUAAUGGGCUUCAUCUCCAGAAGUCUUUCUCUAGUCCUUCAUCAGUACUCACAGGAAGCUACUCAGAGGAUGCUGUUGGUGGAUUAUCACUGAAAACUCCAGUACAACACACACUAACUCACCAACAUCAUGCCAGUGUCACUGCAGUGCUGAGAACGACCCACCACCCAAAUGUUAGCUGCUCUGUGGUGAUCUCUACUGUGAGGUCCUGAUAAUUGAAGAAUAGGGUAAAAGAAGGAUAAUAAAUUAUGCAAACAAACAGAAGGACUACAGUCUGAAAGAAUUAAACUACAAAGUGCUCCUAUAUAAUCAGUAGAUUUAGAAGAUGGAUAAUGGGUGUCGAAACAAGGAGGUGGUCAUAAUGUUAUGCUUGAUUAGUAUACACUCACUAAAGCAUAAUAAAAGUGCAUCGCAUUAAGACAGUUUAACUAAACUUAACUUAUAGCAUAGGCUUGGAGUGUCUAAACAGGACAAAUUAUAAGAAACAGUAACUGUAAUGGCUGUUCACCUUGGCUAGCAGCGUACUGACUGCUGGUCAUUUAAAUGAAAAGAAUAUGCUAUUGUUAUCAACCUGACAUCUAAAUACGUUAAUUUUUACGUUUAUUUUUAAAAAAUGUUGCUAAAGGUGCUUAAGAUGAAAUAACCACAUUAUAUUGGCUGAAAUGUUUAUAUAUUAUUUUUUUUUACAUUUUUGUUUAAUUUUCCCAUUUGCCUAAAAGGUUAAAAUAAUUGCUGAUGUAUUCCUUCAUAGCUCAGGAUCCACACUGGGGUCCUGGGGUACUCCCACUGUUAUGCUCUAACAUCCCUCCUAAUAAUCUUAGAGGAGGUUUAUUAAUUUACCUAAUUAUUACUAAUUAGUUGGAGUAUUAUGGGUACUCGGGUUGUUUAUUGGCCAUACAAUACAUAUCAAAAUACAGGGGUAAUGGGUAUAUAUCACAAUAUAUUGCUAUACUGUAAGUAAGACAAUAUAUUGCGAUUUGUUAGACCUGAAAUUAUUUUUGUUCAGACUAUUUAGUCAGUAAAAUAAUGAUAAUAUAACAACUUAAUACUGUUACACAACUUAAAAAGCAAUGAGGUGUUAAUUAUUAACCAUAUUAAUUGGAAUUAGAAUAUAAGCAUUUUGUCAAUAUCCUAAAUAAAUAAAUAUAGAAAUAGUACAAAACUACUGUUAAAUAGCGCUGACCCAUUAGCUAAUUCAUUUUGUGAUAUAGAUAAAAUAAGAUUAAUUGGGGUUAGCAAAGUUUAUGGAAGUAAUUUACAUAUAUUGUAAGAUAAGCCAAUUAUUUAAUUAUCGUGACCAGCCUAUUAGUUGCUUAAAUACAAUUGUAGGAAAACUGACAGUGUAAAAACAUUUUUAUAAUCUAUAUAGGAGAAAGGUUUACUUUAUAUGCGAUGAGAACAGUGUAAUCUAGUCACGGUACAACACUGCUAUCUAGUGGCCAAGAUUCGGAUAUAACACAAAAUUAACCACCAAUCUUAACAGGCAAACUAAUAAUUAAUUAAAAAUUGUUUUUGAGAAUCAAUACAGUAUUGAAACCCCCCCUAUUAUUUUCUACUAGACUACAGUUGGGAACAACUACGUCACUGUUUUACUGUUUUAUACUCCUGUCAAAGUCCUGCAAAGUUAGGGUAAUUUAGUAAAUGGCUCUGUAAAAGUGGCAUAUUAAAAAUGUUAAGGUCGUAUAUCAGUAUCAGUUAUGUACAUUUUGGAGCAUUUUCUAAUUCAAGGAUUAAGGACUUGGACUAUACAGCGUUAUAAAAUGAGAUUUUAUAUUUAAAUUAUUCUUAGGCUAUGACUAGCCUUAAUCCUUGUCUGAGAAACUGUAUGUUAUAGACAGGCAAAGGCUUCUUAAAAAAAACUGAUCAUUUAGUGUUUUAGAUGUCAUAUUGUUUACAGUUUUGUGCAACCUCCAAACCUAAGUUAUUGGUAUUCUUUCUUUUCUUUUUUGAAAGCGCAUGAAGUGUUUUUUUCAGUGAGAGCGAGAUGAUUAUAUAUAGGUAGUUGCACUGUUUUAUUUAAAGUUUCAGAUUUGUGUUAAUUAGUUCUAAUUGUUUUAAAGGCAAAAUGACUUUACCUUUUUGUGUUUAAGCUGUCAGGUGCCUUCCUGGAGUAAUGAGCAUUGCUGGAAGUAGUUCUUUGGAGAAAAAUGACUGCAACAGUGGAAGCAACAAUGCCCAAGUGAAUUGUGCAGUAUGUUGGCACUCCUAAGGCUCUUUUACAUCGAGUCGAGUUCAGAUGAGUUGGAGGAGUCUGACAUCACAUGGUUCCACUACAUGAGAUUGUGUUGUUUUCUUUCCAUCAGAUCAAAUCAUACUCUGAUCGAGGGCCUUAAAUCAAUCUGUAGCUUGGUUCAUUUUCAGUAAUCCAUGAUUGAGGUUACCUGGCUUAAUAGGAAAUGUAUACAUGUACAAAUUUUUGCCAUGAUUUAUAAAUCCGUACAGUACGUUUACAAAUCAGAGUAAUCACAGUCCUCCACAGAGUGUACCGUGUUCACAACCAGUUUAUACUGUCUUAUCACAUGAUCUCCUCAGCAGUGGUUUCUGGUUUGUUCUGUCCAGGUGCACUUGGGCCUUCAGCUGGUGUCUCUCUGUGCAUGUCAGCUGUGUUUACACUAGGAUAGUCGUGUAUGUGCAUGGCACAUCCAAUAAAGUUUCUUUUCUAAA